AUGGCCUCCCCGCGCUCCCCCUCGCCCAUGACAAGGUCGAGGCACCGUCGCAGCUCGGCGGCCUCCGGCAGGCCCCCGGCGCUGGGCUCCGCGCGUACGCCGGCUCCCCACGCCGUCUCCGCCAAGAGGACAUUUGCCGACUGGUCACUCCACUGCGGCAGGCCCACGAUGGGCACGCCACAGGCCAGGCUCUCCAGCGUAGAGUUCCACCCGCAGUGCGUGACGAAACAGCCGACCGCGCGGUGA